UAGCAUCUGGCUCUCUUCUCUCCCGAUCCCGAUCCCUGAAUCUCUCUUGAUCGCAAUCUCUCAUCGAAGCCCUCGAAAUCAGUAAAAUCAACAGGCUGAUCUCGCGCCGCCGCAGAACUCGUCGUCGGUGCAGAUGACUGCAACGGAGACGGCGACGUCGAUCUUCUCCUACGAGAGGUGAAUUUUUAGUGUCCAAUGGAAGACAAAUGGAAGAUGCCUCAGAAACAGAUCCUAUUCUUCCUCAGUCAAACAUCACUUGCAGUUCCAAUGAGCCUUUAACUUUAUGUGAAAUCAAACAAGUGGGUGUUGAUGAUGACUGUCAAAGCAUUGAUGAUGACGAAUGUUGCAAUCUAGUGAAUGCAGAGCAACCACAGUGUCGGAUUUGCCUUGACAGUGAAGGCGAGGAUCUGAUUGCGCCCUGCUAUUGUAGGGGCACACAGAAAUAUGUACAUAGGUCCUGCCUUGACAAUUGGAGAUCAACCAAGGAAGGUUUUGCCUUUUCACAUUGUACAGAGUGCAAAGCUGUGUUCCUAUUGCGCGCAAAUGUACCUCCAGAUCGCUGGUGGUUGAGGCUGAAAUUUCAGCUUCUUGUUGUCAGGGAUCAUGUGCUCAUAUUCUUUGUUGUUCAGCUGGUUGUGGCUUUCCUGGGAAUACUUAUCUACAAAUACUAUGGUGAGGAGCUGCGGGAAAUGUUUGGUUAUGAACAGCACCCGUAUGGUUUUUAUUCAAUGGCCAUCUUGGCUAUUAUUCUGGUGGGCUUGCUCUAUGGAUUCUUCAUAGCAAUAAUCUGUGGACAGAAGAUCAACGAACGCCAUUACCAUGUUCUGGCAAAACAAGAACUGACAAAGGAAUAUGUAGUGGAAAGCCGAGAUGAGGACAAGAAUUUGCCUGAGCUUGACCCUAGUCAUGUGACAGAGUUGAGAACUUUGGGGCUUUAUUAAGCUGGAAAAUCCAUCUUAAUGCGUGUAUUCUGGUGUGGCAAGCACAAUGCUCCUCAGUUGUCUUCUCCUGUCAAGUUCAACCACGGCGCCAACGUGAAGGUCGAAGUUGCAGUUUUUUCCUUAAACAAGCAAAGUGAUGCUAUUUAUCUCCAUUCUUGACGUUACAGAAAGUUCAAUGUUCUUGCGCCCAGAUUAUUUUCCUCCUCAGCGUGUGAUGAUGCAUCCUGUGUAUCAGCACCAAUAACGAAAGGGCGCAACUAAUAGGGUGUAGAAGAGCUGGUUUGUGUGCACUCUUGCUUGUUCUACAGAAUUUGGCAUGCAAAAGUCAUGGGAUUUUCAUUGGUCUGUAAAACUCACUAUUGUGCUUAAUUUAUAGUCAUAAAUAAUGGAAUUUUUGUUGCCUACA